AUGCGCUGGUCACUAGCGCUUGCCCUCCUCGCUGGAGUGGCCUGGGCCGAAGACUCCUCCACAUCUACUUCCACAUCUGAAUCCUCUCAAUCCUCUGAUUCGACCACCACCACUUCGUCCCUGGCCCUGAGCGAUGCGACCACGGUAACGGACCCCAGUGCCGCCAUACCCACGGGUAGUUACGAGGUCUACGACACGACAAUCACCCUCGCCGAUGGGGAUCAGCUCACCUCCACCAUCACUGGAAACUCUUCCGCGACAACAACCGGCAAUGGCACCGUCGUUACCACCACCCACAACUCCGUCACGGUCCUGGUCGGAGGUGGCGGCACCACCACCCUGGGCAAUUCCAGUAUGAAUGCAACUGCGACCACAUCAAGCACAUCGACUGCCGUGGCCACCAAUACCCGACCAUGCAACAGCUACGCUGAAUUCUGCCAGCGCAAGUACUCCAACAUCACCAUGGUCGCCGCGCACAACAGUCCGUUCGUGCGCAAAGGCAAUGCUGCCGCCAACCAAGAUUUCACUGUCAAAUACCAACUGGAUGAUGGAGUUCGCAUGCUACAAUUCCAGGUCCACAACCAGAACGGUACAAUGGAACUUUGCCAUACUUCUUGCUCCAUGCUCGAUGUGGGCACCUUGGAGGCCUACCUCACCACAGUGACCGAGUGGAUUCGCAGUAACCCUUACGACAUUGUAACUAUUUUGAUAGGUAACUACGACUACGUCUCCCCAAGCCAUUUCGUCGACCCAAUUAAGUCAUCCGGUCUGUACGACUACGUCUACACGCCUUCCAAGAUCCCAAUGGCCCUGGACGACUGGCCGACUCUUUCAGAGAUGAUCAUCACCGGCAAGCGGGCUGUCAUCUUCAUGGACUACCAGGCCAACCAAACAGCCUACCCAUGGCUGAUGGACGAGUUCUCUCAGGUCUGGGAGACGCCGUUUUCGCCCACCAGUCGGGAAUUCCCCUGCAAUCAGCAGCGCCCACCAGGAAUUACCGUAGCGCAGGCUAAGGAUCGCAUGUACAUGGCCAACCACAAUCUGAACAUCGAAUUGAAUCUUGGUUCCAUUGACCUGCUUAUCCCCAACUCUGCUGUGCUCAACGAGACCAAUGCGGUUAGUGGCUAUGGCAGUCUUGGUAAGAUGGCGCGAAACUGCUCUGCCAGAUGGGAUCGUCCCCCGAACUUCCUUCUUGUUGAUUACUACAACGAUGGUAACUUCAACGGCUCUGUCUUUGACGUAGCCGCAGAGAUGAAUAAUGUCACUUAUAACAACCAGUCCUGCUGUGGAACUGACUCUGCUGCCGUUCCUGGCAUGUCCACUGUCACUGUCUCGACAAUGGUGCUGGUGGCAGCCGGUGUGCAGUUCUUCUUGUCCGCGUUCUGA